AUGGCUAGUGCAGAGUUUAGAAAGGACGUAAUGCCCGUUCGCCCUAGAAGCGUAUAUACAGCGCAUUCAUAUAAUCAGGAGGAAUCUAGUCUAUCCGCAUUUCAAGAUUAUAGCAAAUUCCUCGAGGGUGGGCUUGGGCAGGCGGAGUUAGUUGGAGCGACCGCAUGGCAGCCUCCCUGGCGCGCCCCCCUACAACGAAAAGCGCCAUUUUACCCCGGCGAUGACAUCUACCACGCUGAUACCUGGAGGGAGCUUGAGGUAACGGAUGUGGUUGGAGGUGCGGGCUACAAUGCAUCUGUAACGCCGCACGGCACUAUCUGUCUUCGCCUACGAGAUCGCGUCAAAGUGGAUAUGACGAUCGACGGGGCUGUUCGCGUGACGAACGCCAAGAACAACAUAAUAUUGGCACUGUCGAGAUCCGGUGCUGCGGCGGCUCUUAUUCACCCAAAUGGCAGAGUGUACCACUACGGCUCCCGAGUUGAGAUUCAAGCGCGCCACCAACAGGGAAACAAUAAGUACGCGAAGAUGUGGUACAAGGGCGUUUCUUUCACGGCGGAGCAGUGCGCGCUGGUGUACUUGGUGGAUGCUGCUGGAACCAGGACCACUACUGAUACCUUCCUUGACAUGAGCCAAGACUUCACUCUCAAUGUCUUUUACAAUGAGUCUCGUCACGGACCGUCGUAUGUGAAUGAAGCGCUGUCCAUACUCCAAGCAGCUCAGUACUGGUUGACUGAUGACGGAAUUGACAACUGGAUCAUUAACAAUGUCCGUGUGAGCCAAACUGCUGAUGGACUUGUUAGAAUUCAUCGCUGCAGUCACAAGUAUCAGUUGCGUACGAGCCCCAGCAACGGUUCUGCAUCUAUAACGAGCCCCUUUUUGCACUGCACGGCGUCACUUGGGCAAACUCAGCAUUUGUUUGUGCGACGCGGCGAGAGGCGAAUGCACUUUGAUGGCAACUCUUUUAUAGUUCGCAACGCUGGCCACUCAGCCGGCUUCGAUGACAAGAAUCAACUGAAGGUGUACUGA